AUGUGCGAAAAUCAGAAACAGACUGGUUUCGUUCAAGAUGGCUCAUUCGCAGAGUACUUUAUAGCGGAUGAGAGAUUUGCUGCAAAAAUUCCGAGUGGCGUGAGCGAUGCAGAAGCAGCGCCAGUUCUCUGUGCUGGAGUAACUUCCUAUAAAGCCUUGCGCAUGGCCAAUGCUCCAGCCGGAGCUCGCAUUGUGAUUGCUGGUGCUUGUGGUGGUUUAGGCCAUCUGGCUAUUCAAUAUGCUAAAGCCAUGGGUUAUGAAGUCAUUGCUCUCGAUGUUUUUGACGAAGCUAAAGAAGUCAUGACCAAAGAGCUUGGUGCCGAUUUUAUCAUCAAUCUUGGAGGCGAGAAAAAGUCAGUUGUCGAAAAGCUCAAUUCCAUUGAACCGAAAAAGCCAAUUGCGGCUUCGGUCAUUUUUGCUCCGGCGCUCCAAGCAGUCUCGGAUGCCAUCGAAUAUGUGUCUCCUGGAGCAACUAUUGUUACCGUAGCACUUCCAUCUGGUCACUUCAAAAUCGAUGUCGUCCAGCUCAUCCUGAAGGAACUUCGCCUCCAGGGUUCAAUUGUGGGUACGCCACGAGACCUUGAAAAAGCGUUCCGCUAUGUUGCUGAAGGAAAGGUCAAGGCUCAUGUAGCUGAGAAACCGUUCAGCUGUGCAAACGACAUAUUGAAAGAUUUGGAGGAAGGAAAAAUCAGAGGCCGUGCUGUGCUUCGUGUGGCUGAAAACUAG